GGUUAAUUAAUUUGGAUUGCUUUGAAUCUGCUGAAGUUGCUUGCAGUCUUUGUCGAGUAAAUAAAAUGCUGGAUAUAAAGCGAGUUACUCGGCAGUAACUUUAUUAGGAACUGCAACAUAAUGCAUGGAUAACAUUGCAAGAUUUACAGUGCUCAGAAUUGCAAUACCAAGCAUUAUUUUAAACAUCAAGAAUACAAAAGCUGCUUUGUGAUGGAUGGUUGCACAUAUAUCAAGGUAAAGGGUCCCAUCAGAGCUCAGACAGUUCUUAAAAUAAUAAGCAAAAUAUCAAAUCACUCAUGGUGCUUUCUCUAUAUCAUCAGACAGAUGAUCGAUGAAACAAAGACAGAUUUUAUCAUGGACUGACAAUCUUAAUCAAGACAUCAUAAAAGACAAUAAUAAAAAUAGGAAAAAAAGCUGUUCUGGAAUCGAGAGCCUGCAGGCAAAAGCUCGGGUGUGUAUUCUUCAUAUCCACCCACAUAGAGCUGACUGAAGAUGUUGAAGCCUGCCAGCGGUCCAGGAGAUGUGCCUGUCCUUAUCUUCUGCCCAUCAACCUACUCGGUCCAACACACAUCAGCUGCUAAUCAAGCCGGGGUAGAAUCAAAGGUACACCAGGCAGGCGUCCAGGUCCUGCACGAAGACCAGUAGACAGGAAAGACCAAGAGGCAACAUCUAGUGGAAACUCAGAUGGAGAAACAGGCUUUGAAAAAAGGGAAGCCCUGCUUAGUCGUCGAUUUGGACUCCAUGAGGUUGACUCAUCGAUGAACCCAGUAGUUGUGUUACGCCGGUUAACCGUUACUGUGGGAGGCUUUAAAAUUGAACUGCUCCCUGGACCAUCACAUUCAUUUGGAUCGUUUAACACAAGUGCCCUUCAGUCCCUGGGCUUCCAAGAUGAGUCUAUGACUGCUGAUGUUAUCGGGAUAGAUUUGGGGAAAAGCCAGGAUGAUAACACACAAGAGGUUGAUAAUUCCACACAAGAAGUUGUGGGGGAGGUGAUGGUUGGCCAGCCUGGUAGUGACGAAAUGCCGAUGGAUUUCGGACCGUAUGUAAACCCAAAUGAUGUGCAAGACGCCAACAGCACUUCGCCAUUCAAGCCCAGCAUGGAAAACGCAGCACCAGCCGACACCAAAACGAAUGACCAAAUCAAGACCCAAAAGCCUAGCAUGCAAAAAUCUCGCAACAAAAAUGGCACGGCGGUGCAGCCUGCAGUCAAACAGCUUUUGGAACACAAACAGACUCUUUCGGCUGUCAAAAACAAGCAGUCUCAACUUAGCAGGCCAGGUCUCUUACAGAAGGUAUCCAGACAUAACAGAGACAAGAAAAUCCACGUGGACCGACCAGAAAAACUUCAAAGCCACAAAGAGAAACCUGCUAAUGUCAGCUUGAAACGCCCUGGAGGGCCUCAAUUUCCUAAAUCACCUGCAAAAAUACAGAAGACUCGAGAUGGACCUCCUGUGCACUUAAAAGUUAGCCCGUCUGUCCCCGCGACUGUAGGGAAAAAAACAUCCUCUGAUUCUGGCCCUGGUGUCAAGUCAGUCCAGAAUAAAUCUCCUCACCAUCCAAAAAAGCCACAGAAUCCACCAACACCUGUAAAUAAAACAAACCCACCAGUGACAAACAGCCAAGGAGAUGAGGAGCAGGAGAAUAUGAAGAUCAAGAAGCCAGAGAAGAUCCAGCAGAGACACAAGAGUAGAAAUUCUCGGAGUAUCUCGAUAGAGGAACCGCAGCUGUUUAUCCCGGAUAAUGCCCCUGUGGUGAAGAAGGAAAGUGAGGGCGACCCUCCUCCUCCUGAAAGUGAGACUGUUUGGGAUCCCAGCAAGCACUGUGGAUUAUGCAGGAAACCUCACAACAACAGGUUCAUGGUUGGCUGUGGGCACUGUGAUGACUGGUUUCAUGGGGACUGUGUGGGUCUGGAUUUGGCUAAAGUUCAACAGAUGGAGGAGGAGGACCAGGAGUAUGUGUGCUUGAAAUGCUGUGCUGAAGAGGAUGGGAAACCCGGUGGUCUGGCCACAGAGCAGUCGGACGAUAAGUUAUCAACUAAACAAAAACAGAGACCCCAGCCGUCACUCACUGCUGGUGGAAUACGGCCCUUCAGAAAAGAUAUUGGAGAAAGACGACUGUCAGAAGAUUCUGCAUCAAAAAGUGGAGCAAAUGUGAAGCAUGAGACGAAGAAAGUGUCUCAUGUGAGCUCAAAGAAACCGUCCACCGGACAAAUCAGGCGGAGCGUUAGAGACUCGCUGGAGGAGAUUCUUCUGAAACGACUGAAGGAAUCCGAUUUGAAGAUUUCAUCGGACAGGCCUGCUGAGCUGGCCAGAAAGACGGAGAAAGAGCUUUUUGCUCUCUUUCAGGGUGUUGACAGCAAAUACAAAAACAAAUACAGAAGUUUAACUUUCAACCUGAAAGAUGCAAAAAAUAAUGUGCUAUUCAAGCGCGUACUCAAGGGAGAAGUUUCCCCUGCUGAUUUGGUGCGUAUGACUGGAGAAGAGCUGGCCUCUAAGGAACUGGCUGCUUGGAGACAAAGAGAGAAUCGACAUACAAUUGAAAUGAUCGAGAAAGAACAGAGAGAGGCAGAGAGACGCCCCAUCACUAAAAUCACCCACAAAGGAGAAAUUGAAAUUGAGAAUCAGGAGCCUACCAAAGCUCCAGAGGCCAUUGAAGUUGAGCCAGAGCCUGUGCUGAAAGCAGUAGAAGUGCCUGAGGAGAAACCCCCUGAGACUAAAGCAGAGAGUCCCAAGAAAUCUGUAGAUACAACCAGUCUGCACAAAUCUCAUCUUUUUGACCUCAACUGCAAAAUCUGCACAGGUCGUAUGGCCCCACCUUCUGAGGAAGCCGCUUCAAAGGUGGUGAAAGUGGCUACAACGGUUGUGAGGAGGCAGUCCAGUGCUGCUGAAGAAUCUCAGUCCUCCACAACUACACCUACAUCAGCACUGAUUGAUGAUCUGUCUUUAAGAGCCAUGGAGGAAGGUCUCCUAAAUUUUUUGCCUGAAUCCAGGUCAGAUAGUCUGAGUAGCAAGGAAGAUACAGCUACUUUCCUCAGCAACUUGGAGAAACUGUGGGGUGGCUUUGUUGAUAUGCAUGCUGUGGCUAGGUUUUUAACAAAAGCUUAUCCUGUCUCUGGAAUUCUGGACCAUCUAACACUGGAUUUGCCAGACAACAUCCAAGUAGGUGGACGUAUUUCACCUCAAAUAGUCUGGGACUAUGUUGAGAAAAUUCGUGCCUCUGGGACAAAGGAAAUUUGUAUAAUUCGUUUUGUCCCUGACACAGAAGAAGAUGAGAUCUCGUAUACUUUGCUCUACGCAUAUUUCAGCAGCCGUAGAAGAUAUGGAGUUGUUGCCAACAACCGUAAACAGGUUAAAGACAUGUAUCUCAUUCCACUUGGCUCCACGGAAAAAAUACCCCACCAGAUUGUUCCGUUUGAUGGCCCAGGACUGGAAACCAAUCGUCCAAAUCUUCUUCUUGGAUUAGUCAUUCGCCAGAGACCUAAAAGGGACUUUGGAGUAAUCCUGCCAAGUGUUGUUAGUGAUGCUCCAAGUUUCUUGGCUGAAAGCAAACCUCAGGUUAAUGACAAGCAGAAGGCUUCUAUAACACAAGAUGUGGACCAAAGUUUUAUUGGUGUUCUGGGGACCACACAUAAAAAAGACCCUGCAGAUCUGAUUAAAUCAGUUGUUGAUGAACCAAUAUUGGAUACGGAGACCGAUGAGAAUGUUUCUUUGCGUUUUCUUCCUGGUGUGCUGAAGUUGCCUGGAAUCACCACAUUCACCUCAAGUGACAAUGUGAAGAGUGUCUCUACAACACCAGUGCCCAAGAUGUCAACCGUUGAUGGUGGAAAUCAUGCAGGAAUUCAACCUAAAUAUACAAGCAGUGCUCCUCGACUUGACCGCUACGUAAUCAAGAAAAAAGACCCCAAAACUGUAAAAACGGAAGCACCAUCCAACUCAAGUCUGGAGACUAGAUCAGAAGGGAACGAGAAAGAAAGCAACCCCCAGAGUGGAGUUGUGCUUUCUCUUAGUGAUAAACCUCCAGAUGUAUCAACAGAGAGUUUCCUUUCCUCUCUCGCAACGGCCAAACCCAAAGAGGAUUCCAGCAACACUAAUGCAAAGAGUAGCACAGCUGCACCCACUAGUCAAGAAACAAAUGAAACUGCUUUGUUAGAUGUGUCAAAAGAUGCUGUUAGUGACAGUUCAAACUCUGGCCCCAAAAACGAAACUGUUUCGAGUCCCACCAAGACUUUAAAGACACUUCCCCCAGGUAUUUUAAAGAAAGGGUCUUCAUCAUGUGAUUCUACUGAUUUGAAACCACAACAGUCCGUAAGUAAUUCAGAAACAUCUCAGCAGAAAAUUACACUGCAACCACCUCCUCAACCUGCCCUAGAGUGCAAAGUCAUCGAUGACAUCCAACCCAUCACCACCAUCUCAUCUACGGGCAAAAAUGAAGGUCUCAAGCAGUCCAGGUCCUCCUCUUUCAACCCCAACAUUUACAGUCCACCAAGCCAAGGUCCUCCACCACCUGUUUUCUCAUCUUAUCACACUGGUGCACCUGAACACCAAUACCACCCUGUGCCGGUACACAAUUACCCUCCACCUGCCAAUCCUGCCCCAUUUUUACCUCUUCAGUCGUCUCCACCUUUCCCAUUUUGUCUUGUCCCUCCUCCUCAAGUAUUUCCUCAAACUGAUCCUCAAAGUCUCAUGCUUGCUCCACCUUGGCCUCAAGCUGUACAUCCUCCAACGCUACCUGGACCUCCAAUGAUGUAUGAGACCCAAAGGCUGCCUGAGCCAAGCUUGCCGACCCCUUCGCCCUCUAGCAAAGAUGAGAAGGGUUCCGACAAGUCAUCCAGACGCUCCGAGGAGACCUACAGAAAGGAGGACCAAGACCGCUAUGACAGACACCAUCACAAAAGCAAGCACUAUGACAGGGAUAGAGAAAAACACAGGGACAGAAGUCACAGUCACAAAGACCGCCACUCGAAAGAUGACAGGUAUGAGAGGUCGAGAGAGCGGCACAACAGCAGCAGCAGUAGUAGCAGCAGCCAUUACAGACGGGACUCUGAUCACGAGAAACACAGGAGAGACUCAAGGGACAGGCGCUCGUGAUUUUUAUACUCAAAACCACAUCCGUUUCUUGCCAUGUUCCUUAAAACUCUGUAACACAGUAGAUGGAAACUAUUUAUAAAGGUGCAAAAUGAUUUUUAUAUUAUGAACCGAUGUUAGUACCAGAUUUUUAGUGGGUUUGUUUUUUUAAACGUGGAGGAUAUUUGUUGGUUUUUAAGUUUAAUUUUCCCCCCACAGGCUUUCUUAGACUAAGCAUGUCUUCACAAGCAGCUUGUCCUAAUCAAUUACAAGAUUUUGGAUAUGAUACUACUGUUACGCGCAUAGUGCCAUGAGGAAAGACAUCCCAUGGAUCAUGAGAACGGCUUCUUUUGCUUCACCAUUUGUUCUACCAUUUAAAUUUUUCUAAAUUGGCUUAAGUAUUUUCUAUGUUUCAGGUGACAAAUUUCUUUGUACAUUUUGGCUUGUCACACUAAAGAAAUGUGCAUAUUCAGCACAUUGUGUUUAUGUACAGUUCAUAAUAAAAUGUUUUUAUUGUUAGUAAAGAGGCUGAAAUGAAAAUCUUUGUUUUUUAAAGAGGCUAAUUUUUUUAUUGGACCCAAGCAUUGUAAUUUAAAAUAAACAAGUUCAAAGAAGAAGGUAAUGUUUAUUUCAGAAUGACAAAUAAAUUGAUUAUGCAAACAAUUUGAUCAGGAGGCAUAACAUCUGACAAUUACAUAAAAAAUGUUUUCACUGUAAAAGUGUUUAAAAAUUAUGGAAAAAUAUUCAACAUUGCAACAACAGAGAAAGUACACACGUAUGUAAAGUCACAUGCUCAUGCUGUUUUAAGUUCAUGGUGGUUUGUGCAUCUGAGGUUUUUUGCAGAACAAACAUGCUCAAUAACACUACAACACUAAACUUAAGUGUAAUAAUGGUCCCUCUACAAGAGGGACAGAUAUAAAAGUCUAGCUAUCAUGUGUUCAUCUUUUCACUGUGUUUCACUUUGAGGUUUUGAGAAUUUUACAAAUAGUAAAUAAAUUUAAAUUCUUUGCACUGUGAUAUUGCUACUUUAUCUGUAUUCGUAAAAAGACCCAUUAACACAUUUAGGGCACCUACACAUUACCGCAGAAGUUCAAGUAUGUGGGAUUGCUAGGGAGGUGCGGAAUACUGCCGUAGUUCUUAAAUGUUGACUUGUUCACAUUUUGCAACGGUGACAAUACUUGAUAAAAGUUUGUGCGCUGCCUUCGCUAUAUGGUCUAAGGUGCGCUCACGUAAUCAAAGUUGUUUUAGCGUGUGAGCCAGAUUUGACUGGGUGAAGAGGAAGAUUUUCAGUGAAUGAAAACUUAAAUUGUGGUCUGUGCCUGACACAACGCCUGCUUAACUAACAACAUGGCGCCAGUCUCAGCUGAGUUUAUCUUAGUGAGAAAUGUCAACAAAACUACAUCUGGUAAGAAAUCUUAAGUUUUUACAUUGAAACCUGUUUUAGUCAAAAGAUUAGAGUCUCUAGUUUCAUCUGAUAUGCCAUUUUGACAUUUUUUGCGAUUUAUCGCGAAACGGCAUGCUGUUAAACACAAUGAAUAUUUGAGAGGACUAUAGGACUUUUUCCCCCUUAGAAAUCCUAUAUCCACUGUGCAUUAUCACAUUGAGAAACAAUAGGUUUAUCCAAAAGCUGGAAGAUGUUGCUUUCAGAGGCUUUAUAUGAGUUAGGAUGAAAAUAAGGUGCACUUCGAACUGUUCUGAGACCAGUGCAGACAGACAGCACACUGGAGGUUAAGACAUUCACUUAAUAGGGAACAAGGAAGGGAGAAUCCUAUAGCUUUCCUAUGCAGCCAAGUACAAUCACUCCUAACAUAAGACCAAAAGUUCAGUUUCAAGCUGCAGAUGAUGUUUGCACCACUCAAGAUAUUCAGCAGACAUGGGACAAUGGUAAUCAUUACAUAGAUUCAGAAUUUAUAAUGCAAAAAAAUGUAUUUUUUUUAACAUGGUGGCCAUUCCUUGUAUCAGAAGUCUUCUUCUUCAAAAGCCGUAUCCAGUGACAUUGGCGACCAUGUAAUGCCACUCCUUCCUAUCCUUUGCCAGUUGCAUAAGCUUGAUCUUAUCCACACCUGUCCAGUUUGCAAUAUUCUGAAGAAAUGUUCUCUGCUGCCCUCUGUCUCUCUUUCCCUCAAUCUUUCCAGUUAAAAAUAAAUACUCUAGACCUUCUUUCCUCACACAAUGGCCCAAGAACUCAAGUUGUUGUUUCCGGAUCUUCCUAAGUAGCACCCUUUGACUGCCUGCUCUAUUUAAAACUCUCAUUUGUGGUAAGACUUGUCCAAGGAAUAUGUAACAUACAUUUGAGGAACCACAUUUCUGUUGCAUGUAAUUGAUCUUCCAUUUCUUUUGAUAUCAACUAACUCUCACAGCCAUAUUUUUGAAUUGGCAUUACAUAGCAGUCUAGUACCCUGAUCAUUGUUUCCAUGGUGAUUUUUAAAUUACAAAGCAGGCUGUCCAUUCUAGAGAAAGUUUCUUUAGCUAUUGCAAUCCUUCUCUCAAUCUGUCUGUUGCACAUCCCAUCUGAUGUUAUCCAACUUCCCAAAUAGUUAAAGCCUUUCACUUGAUUCAGACCUUCUCCAAGGAUUUUAAUAUUGCAGACUGGUGUUUCCUUUUGCUUUGUAACCACAAGGCAUACCGUUUUCUUGCAGUUGAUAAAGAGCCCUUUCUUCUCAUUCUCAGACGUGACUUUAUUCACUAUUUGUUGGAGGUCCGAUUCAGAUCUAGCUAUCAGGACUA